AUGGUCAACAUCUUCAUUACAGGAGCCACUGGUUACAUUGGCGGCGAUACUCUGUACGAGCUCUACCACAAGCAUCCCGAAUACUCAUACACUGCUCUGGUUCGCACGGCCGAGAAGGGCAAAUCUGUUACAGACAAGUUCCCAAAGGUCAAGACUGUUCAGGGAGACAACGACAGUAGUGACUUGCUGAAGGAGGAAGCUUCCAAGGCUGACAUUGUCAUCCAUACCGCGGAUGCUUCUGAUCACGAGGGAGCUGCAAAGGCCAUUGCCGAAGGUCUUGCCUCGGGCCACAAUGCCUCCAAGCCUGGAUACUGGCUACACACCGGAGGAACUGGUAUUCUGACAUACUUCGACUCAUCAGCGGACAAGCUAGGCGAACACACGGACAAAGUCUUUGACGAUUUGGACGGCGUAGCUGAGUUGAUCGGUCUCCCCCAGGAAGCAUUCCACAAGAACGUUGAUCAAAUCGUCAUCAACGCCGGUACAAACGCCUCUGGUGCUAUCAAGACUGCCAUCGUAUGCCCCCCUACCAUCUACGGCGAUGGCCGCGGACCUUCGCUCACCCGUGGCCGCCAAGUCUACGAACUCGCAAAGACGGUGCUGGAGAUUCAAGCUGCUCCCAUCAUUGGCGGCGGCAAGGCAAUCUGGAACAACGUCCACGUUCACGAUCUAGCCCGCGCCUUUGUCCUCUUGGUCGAGGAAGCAGCAAACAACAACACUGAUCCCAAGCUCUGGGGCAACAAUGGCUACUACUUUACCGAGAAUGGCGAGCACGUAUGGGGAGAUUUGAGCAAGGUUGUUGCCGAGAGUGCUAAGCAGCAGGGUUUGCUCAAGGAAGUCAAGAGCGAGCAGAUGGAUAUGGAGACGGCCAAGAAAACUGCCGGGUUUGAGGCUAUCAGUUGGGGAUGGAACUCGAGGGGUAAGGCGAGAAGAUUCAAAGAGGUGUUGGGUUGGAAGCCCCAGGAGAGGAGUAUUGAGGAUGAGGUGCCGACGAUUGUUAAGAAUGAGCAUCAGAGGUUGCAGCAGGAGAAGAAGUAG